UUCAGGUGUAAAUGCAUCACAAACAGGCAGCACACGAUGAGGAAAGCAAACAGGAGUUCAAGCUCAGCUCCAAAACUGCCUGCAACUAGCAAACCUCAGGCCACAGAGAGGGUAAAGUCAGAAAGCAGCAGCACAUCCACAGCAUCUAAGACCUCACGGCCAGGAUCUUCCCUAUCAAAGGCAAAAAGCAAUGAUGACCUUCUAGCUGGAAUGGCUGGUGGACCUCCAACAAGCAACGGUGUAAAGCUAAAGAAAAGCAACACUGCUACUAACCCCAAUUCAGGGGCUGUGAUGAGUGGCCAGGAUGGGAAAUCACGGAGUGGUGCAGGCAGCAGUUCCAACUCUAAAAGAAAUGGCUCAUCUGGAACCAAAGAUGCUGGAUCCUCCCGCGAGAGGGUGCGUGAGCGCUCCCGUUUGAGCACCAAUAAGAAGCCACAAGGAUUGAGUGCUGGCACAGGAGAUGCUUCUGCCCCCAUCAAGCGGUCCCGAGGUCGAACAGAGACAGACAUGCUCCGCAUGAGUAAAUCCAAGUCUGACAAUCAGAUUAAUGACCGUGCCGCUCUAGAGGCUAAAGUGAAGGACCUUCUAAACCUGGCCAGCAAUAAAGAUGCAGAGAUCCUAAUGCUUCGUACAGAACUGCGGGACACCCGCGUGCAGCUGGGGCAGGAUCUCCCUGACAAGAGUUCUGAGGAGCCUCCCUUAAUGCAGUUGCAGGAGCAGAAUGCCGCAGUACGUGAGGAGCUGCAGCAGCUCAAGAGUGAAAACCGAAUGCUAAAGGAUCGUCUUAAUGCCCUGGGCUUUUCUCUGGGACAGCAGCCAGGUAUGACAGAAAAGCUGUAUGACUACCAAUCCAUGGCCAAUUCUGCUGGAAGCCACAGUGAAUUUGAUGGAGGGACUCUAGCCUCCUCUGUGGAGGGUUCAGCACCUGGUUCAAUGGAAGAUCUCUUGAGCCAGGAUGAAAACACACUGACUGGGGAGAGAAGAAGCAGCUCUGCCGAUAAUUUAGACAGUGAGUGCAGUGAAGUUUAUCAGCCACUCACCUCCAGUGAUGAUGCACUGGAUGCUCCCUCCUCAUCCUCUGAGUCAGAAGGCCUUCCAAGUAUUGAGCGAUCUCGCAAAGGCAGCAGUGGGAAUGCUAGCGAGGUGUCAGUUGCUUGCCUAACAGAACGCAUUCACCAAAUGGAGGAGAACCAGCACAGCACGUCAGAGGAGCUUCAGGCCACCCUACAAGAGCUAGCUGACCUUCAACAAAUCACACAAGAGCUGAACAGUGAAAAUGAGAGGUUAGGGGAAGAAAAGGUCAUCCUGAUGGACUCAUUGUGCCAGCAAAGUGAUAAGCUGGAGUUAUUCAGUCGUCAGCUGGAGUACGCACGGGCACUGUUGGAUGAAAAUCAUGUACAAUACUCUCUGGAUGAAGAUCUAAAGAGUAGCCGUCACCUCGAACUGGAGCAACGGUACAUGGAAUUAGUUGAGAGCACACGUUUUGAACGCGAACAGCUUCUAGGAGUACAGCAGCACCUUAGCAAUACACUAAAGAUGGCAGAACAGGACAACAAGGAUGCACAGGACGUUAUACGGGCACUUAAAGAGCGCAACCACCACAUGGAACGCAUUGCAGAAGCCGAGCAACUCGCAAAACAGGCAGUGGCUGCCACCCUAGAAGAAUACAAAGCAUCUCUGACCACAGAACAAGCAGAAUGUUCGCGACUGAAGACACUGCUAGAGCAGGAAAAACAGAGAGUAACAGAACUUUACUCCAUACACAGCUCCGGGGAUGUAUCUAAUUUCCAGAACCUCCUGGAAAGUGUCAGAUCUGACAAGGAGAAAGCAGAAAGCUUGGCAGUAGGCCUGCAGGAGGAGCUGUCACAUGUGCGGAGUGAUAUUGAGCGCAUACGGGAUGCCUAUGGAAAGCUAGAGGACGAGUACAGGUCUUUCCGAGAGGAAGCACAGAAGCAGGUGACGGAUCUGACCUGUGCUCUAGAAAAGGUGAGGGCUGACCUGGAAGAGAAGGAAACUGAACACAAUGACAUGAAGGAGACCAUAUUUGAGCUAGAAGAUGAAGUUGAGCAGCACAGAGCUGUGAAACUACAUGAUAACCUUAUCAUAUCCGACCUUGAGAAUUCCAUGAAGAAGUUGCAGGACCAAAAACAUGACAUGGAGCGUGAGAUCAAAAUACUAAACCGGAAACUGCGUGAGGAGUCUGCUGAGUGGCGCCAGUUUCAGGCCGACUUGCAGACGGCCGUAGUGAUUGCUAAUGAUAUCAAGUCAGAAGCCCAGGAGGAGAUUGGAGAACUCAAAAGGCGACUCCAGGAAGCCCAAGAGAAGAACGAAAAGCUUACAAAGGAGAUGGAAAAUGCAGCAUCUCGCAAGCAGGAAGAGGAGCGAGGCCGGGUCUAUAAUUAUAUGAAUGCCGUGGAAAGGGACCUGGCAGCUCUCAGGCAGGGAAUGGGUCUCAGUCGCAGAUCUUCAACCUCAUCAGAGCCCACGCCCACUGUGAAGACACUUAUCAAAUCUUUUGACAAUGCUUCAUCCCCAGCCCCAAGUCCAACAACAGCAGCAACAGCGACAGCUACAACAUCUAUCCCUCGCACCCCUCUUAGUCCUAGCCCAAUGAAGACCCCUCCAGCGGCCGCAGUCUCCCCAAUGCAGAGACAUUCAAUCAGUGGACCAAUAUCUUCUUCCAAAUCCAUCCCAGGCUUGUCUGAGAAGAGACCCAGUUAUGCAGAGAUCCCAGUGCAGGAGCAUCUGUUAAGAACAUCAACUAGUGGAAGAGCUGCCUCCUCAUUACCCCGCGUGGACAGCUCCAAAACCAUCUCAGUGUCGCGCCGAAGCAGCGAGGAGUUGAAACGGGAUAUUACAGUGCCAGAUGGGGGCUCAGCUUCUCCUUUGAUGUCAAUGACCUCCCCUUCACCACAGCUGUCCCUCGCUUCAUCCUCUCCCACUGCAUCUGUGACGCCUACUGCCCGUAGCCGCAUCAGCACACCACCCAACUCCUUCCUGCAGGGUGACAGACAAAUGUGUGACUUGUUGCACAUUGUACCCUGCAGGGAGGAGCGGAAGGACCCAUUGGCAGCCCUUGCACGGGAAUAUGGUGGCUCCAAACGGAAUGCGCUGCUGAAGUGGUGUCAGAAGAAGACUGAAGGCUAUCCGAACAUUGAUAUCACAAAUUUUAGCAGCAGUUGGAAUGAUGGGCUGGCAUUUUGUGCUUUGCUGCACACCUAUCUACCAGCACACAUCCCGUACCAAGAGCUCAGCAACCAGGACAAGAGGAGAAAUUUUACCCUGGCUUUCCAAGCUGCUGAGAGUGUGGGGAUCAAAUCUACCCUGGAUAUUAAUGAGAUGGUACGUACAGAGCGUCCAGACUGGCAGUGUCUCAUGACAUAUGUAACCUCUAUUUACAAAUAUUUUGAGACCUGAACCUGUGCCAACCACAAACCUGCCCACCUUGUCAUGUACAGCAUUCCUUGUUUUCAUAAGGAUUUGCCUAGCCUUGGACUUUUGGAUUCACAGAUGUCCCUGAUGACCUGGAGAAGCCAUGCCAUUGGCCUAUCACCUUCAUAUGUUAUUUACACAUCUCAAGUUCCACCUGUGUCUGCCAUUUUCCUCUGUGCCUUCCGCACAGCCGUUAAAUCUGAUACACAAACCAUUUAAUUUCACUUUAAGUCCAGAUGAAGCUGUGUUACCUGUCAGUGGAAGAUGUGUAAAGGAGACCGUUGGACUGAAGUUUGUUCUGGGUCUUGCUCAUGUUCUCCUGAAGCUAGUGCCUUAGCAAGGUGUGUUCUUAACAGCUGCUGCUUCUCCACCUUUCUUUGACUAUCCACCAGGAACUGUCAUAUGUUCCCAGGAAACAUAAGUGGAUAUGACAGUAUAUUAAUGCACAUCUUGUGCCAAACUCUCAGCUGCUGCCUUCUGAUUCCUGAUUGUCUAUAGCGCUUUGUGCCCUGAACACUAAGCAACAAUACAUUUGAAUGUUAAACUGUA